AUGGGCAAAGAAGUGGGGAACCUGCUGCUGGAAAACUCACAGCUUCUAGAAACCAAAAAUGCCUUGAAUGUGGUGAAAAACGACCUCAUUGCCAAGGUUGACCAACUGUCAGGGGAGCAAGAGGUGCUUAAAGGAGAGCUGGAAGCUGCCAAGCAGGCCAAAGUCAAGCUGGAGAACCGAAUCAAGGAGUUGGAAGAAGAGCUGAAAAGAGUGAAGUCCGAGGCCGUCAUUGCCCGCCGUGAGCCCAGAGAAGAGGUGGAGGAUAGCUACAGAGAUAGCACCACAUGUGGAGGUGGCCAGAACUGUCGACCUAUGAACAUCUCCUACCCACCAUCGCCUGUAGGUCUACCAGAAAGCCCAGGUACUGGCCUGCCUCUGCUGAUGGUGCUGAUGGAUGCCUUGCCAUCCUUGGGCAUCCCUGGGAACCUGCAGUACCUCAGCUGGGGAAGCUAUGGUCAAGAUGGGGCCCGGGCCCCUGUACCAGAGGGCUUGCCUGUCCUCCACCAGCAUGCAGUGGGCCUUGGCAUGCGAAUCCUGGUCACCCUGCUGCUGGACACACUGCCCAUGCUGGGAAAUGUCCUUCUGCUUUGCUUCUUUGUCUUCUUCAUCUUUGGAAUUGUUGGCGUCCAGCUCUGGGCUGGCCUUCUACGGAACCGCUGCUUCCUGGACAGCACCUUUGUCAGGAACAACAACCUGACCUUUCUGCGGCCGUACUACCAGACGGAGGAGGGCGAGGAGAACCCGUUUAUCUGCUCCUCCCGCCGGGACAAUGGGAUGCAGAAGUGCUCGCAUAUCCCUGGCCGCCGCGAGCUGCGUGUGCCGUGCACGCUGGGGUGGGAGGCGUACGGGCAGCCCCAGGCCGAGGGUGUGAGCACAGCCCGCAAUGCCUGCAUCAACUGGAACCAGUACUACAAUGUGUGCCGCUCAGGGGACUCCAACCCCCACAAUGGAGCCAUCAGCUUUGACAACAUCGGCUAUGCCUGGAUUGCCAUCUUCCAGGUGAUCACGCUGGAGGGCUGGGUGGACAUCAUGUACUACGUAAUGGAUGCCCACUCAUUCUACAACUUCAUCUACUUCAUCCUGCUGAUCAUCGUCGGCUCCUUCUUCAUGAUCAACCUGUGCCUGGUGGUGAUCGCCACGCAGUUCUCAGAGACGAAGCAGCGGGAGAACCAGCUGAUGCGUGAGCAGCGCGCACGUUACUUGUCUAACGACAGCACGCUGGCCAGCUUCUCAGAGCCGGGCAGCUGCUAUGAGGAACUGCUCAAGUAUGUGGGUCACAUCUUCCGUAAGGUUAAACGUCGUAGCCUGCGUCUGUACGCCCGCUGGCAGAGCCGCUGGCGCAAGAAGGUGGACCCCAGCAGUGCCCUGCACGGCCAGGGCCCCGGGCGACGGCAGCGCCAUGCAGGCAGGCGCGGGGCCUCCGUACACCACCUGGUCUACCACCACCACCACCAUCACCACCACCACUACCACUUCAGCCACGGCAGUCCACGCAGGCCCAGCCCCGAGCCGGGUGUCAGUGACACCAGGCUGGUCCGGGCUUGUGCGCCACCCUCACCUCCGUCUCCGGGCCGGGGGCCGCCUGACUCUGAGUCCGUGCACAGUAUUUACCACGCUGACUGCCACGUGGAGGGGCCACAGGAGAGAGCCCGUGUGGCACAAGCUGCAGCCACUGCGGCCGCCAGCCUCAAGCUGGCCUCAGGGCUGGGCUCUAUGAACUACCCCACCAUCCUGCCCUCGGGGACGGGCAGCAACAAAGGUGGCACCAUUCCUGGGCCCAAAGGGAAGCGGGGAGCUGGAGUCCCCGGAGCCACAGGUCAUAGCCCCCUGAGCCUAGGUGGUCCUAACCCCUAUGAGAAGAUCCAGCAUGUGGUCGGAGAGCACGGACUAGGUCAGGCCCCCAGCCACCUGUCAGGCCUGAGUGUGCCCUGCCCCCUGCCCAGCCCCCAGGCAGGCACACUGACCUGUGAGCUGAAGAGCUGCCCGUACUGCGCCAGCGCCCUGGAGGACCCCGAGUUUGAGUUCAGCGGGUCAGAGAGCGGAGACUCGGAUACCCACGGCGUCUACGAGUUCACACGGGAUGUACGACACGGUGACUGCCGAGACCCCAUGCAGCCACCCCCAGCGGCAGACACGCCAGGCCAGGGUGGCACACAGCGGCGGCCGCAGCGACGGGUGGCCUCGGGCGAGCCGAGUGGGCUGGGCCGCCUCUGGGCCUCCUUCAGCAGCAAACUGCACCGUAUCGUAGACAGCAAGUACUUUAACCGUGGCAUCAUGGUGGCCAUUCUUUUCAACACCCUGAGCAUGGGUGUGGAGUACCACGAGCAGCCCGACGAGCUGACCAACGCCCUGGAGAUCAGCAACAUUGUCUUCACCAGCGUGUUUGCCCUGGAGAUGCUGCUGAAGCUUCUGGCCUGCGGCCCUCUGGGCUACAUCCGGAACCCCUACAACAUCUUCGACGGCAUCAUCGUGGUCAUCAGCGUCUGGGAGAUCGUGGGUCAGGCAGAUGGCGGACUGUCGGUGCUGCGCACCUUCCGGCUGCUGCGGGUGCUGAAGCUGGUGCGCUUCCUGCCAGCCCUGCGUCGGCAGCUCGUGGUGCUCAUGAAGACCAUGGACAAUGUGGCCACUUUCUGCAUGCUGCUUAUGCUCUUCAUCUUCAUCUUCAGCAUCCUGGGUAUGCAUCUCUUCGGGUGCAAGUUCAGCCUGAAGACAGACACAGGGGACACAGUCCCUGACAGGAAGAACUUUGACUCCCUGCUGUGGGCUAUCGUCACUGUGUUCCAGAUUCUGACUCAGGAGGACUGGAAUGUGGUUCUCUACAAUGGCAUGGCCUCUACUUCUUCCUGGGCCGCCCUCUACUUUGUGGCACUGAUGACCUUCGGCAACUAUGUGCUCUUUAACCUGCUGGUGGCCAUCCUGGUUGAGGGCUUCCAGGCAGAGGGUGACGCCAACAGGUCCGACACAGACGAGGACAAGACGUCCACCCACUUCGAGGAGGAUUUCGACAAGUUUAGAGACCUGCGAGCCACAGAGAUGAAGAUGUACUCGCUGGCAGUGACCCCCAAUGGACACCUGGAGGGCCGAGGCAGCCUGCCCCCACCUGUCAUCAUGCGCACAGCAGCCACACCCAUGCCCACCCCCAAGAGCUCCCCACACCUGGACGCGGUCCAUGGCCUCCUGGACUCAAGACGCAGCAGCAGCGGUUCCGUGGACCCCCAGUUAGGGGACCAGAAGUCUCUGGCCAGCCUCCGCAGCAGCUCACCCUGCGCCCCCUGGGGCCCCAGCAGCACCUGGAGCAGCCGGCGCUCCAGCUGGAACAGCCUGGGCCGUGCACCCAGCCUGAAGCGUCACAGCCAGAGUGGGGAGCGUGAGUCACUGCUGUCCGGUGAGGGCAAGGGCAGCACAGAUGACGAGGCUGAGGAUGGCAGGCUGGGUGCAGGGGCCCGUCCAGGGGCCUCACCUGUGCCCCGCACCACCCCCCUGAGGCGUGCCGAGUCCCUGGGCCACCGCAGCACGCUGGAGCCACGGCCCCCACGGCCUGCUGCCCUCCUGCCCGCCAAGUUCCACGACUGCAACGGCCAGAUGGUGGCCCUGCCCAGCGAGUUCUUCCUGCGCAUCGACAGCCACAAGGAGGAUGCGGCCGAGUUUGAUGAUGACAUGGAGGAUAGCUGCUGCUUCCGUCUGCACAAGGUGCUGGAGCCGUAUACCCCCCAGUGGUGCCGCAGCCGCGAGUCCUGGGCCCUGUACCUCUUCUCACCACAGAACAGGCUGCGUGUCUCCUGCCAGAAGGUCAUUGCUCACAAGAUGUUUGACCACGUGGUCCUCGUCUUCAUCUUCCUCAACUGCAUCACUAUUGCCCUGGAGAGGCCAGACAUCGACCCGGGUAGCACCGAGCGAGCCUUCCUUAGCAUCUCCAACUACAUCUUCACUGCCAUCUUCGUGGCCGAGAUGAUGGUAAAGGUGGUAGCUCUGGGCCUGCUGUGGGGUGAGCAUGCCUACCUGCAGAGCAGCUGGAACGUGCUGGACGGGCUGCUCGUCCUGGUGUCCCUGGUUGACAUCAUCGUGGCCAUGGCCUCGGCGGGCGGUGCCAAAAUCCUCGGCAUUCUGCGUGUGCUGCGCCUGCUGCGGACUUUGCGGCCUCUGAGGGUCAUCAGCCGGGCUCCAGGCCUCAAGCUGGUGGUGGAGACUCUGAUAUCGUCGCUCAGGCCCAUUGGGAACAUUGUCCUCAUUUGCUGUGCCUUCUUCAUCAUCUUCGGCAUCCUGGGGGUGCAGCUCUUCAAAGGCAAGUUCUACUACUGCGAGGGCACCGAUACCAGGAACAUCUCCACAAAGGCCGAGUGCCGGGCGGCCCACUACCGCUGGGUGCGGCGCAAGUACAACUUCGACAACCUGGGCCAGGCACUGAUGUCCCUGUUUGUGCUGUCGUCCAAGGAUGGCUGGGUGAACAUCAUGUAUGAUGGACUAGACGCUGUGGGCAUUGACCAGCAGCCCGUGCAGAACCACAACCCCUGGAUGCUGCUGUACUUCAUCUCCUUCCUGCUCAUCGUCAGCUUCUUUGUGCUCAACAUGUUCGUGGGCGUGGUGGUGGAGAACUUCCACAAGUGCCGGCAGCACCAGGAGGCCGAGGAGGCGCGGCGGCGGGAGGAGAAGCAGCUGCGGCGCCUGGAACGAAGGCGCAGGAAGGCCCAGCGCCGGCCCUACUAUGCCGACUACUCGCACACACGCCGCUCCAUCCACUCACUGUGCACUAGCCACUACCUGGACCUCUUCAUCACCUUCAUCAUCGGCCUCAAUGUCAUCACCAUGUCCAUGGAGCACUACAACCAGCCCAAGUCUCUGGACGAGGCCCUCAAAUAUUGCAACUAUGUAUUCACCAUCGUCUUCGUCUUCGAGGCUGCGCUGAAGCUGGUGGCCUUUGGGUUUCGGAGAUUCUUCAAGGACAGGUGGAAUCAGCUGGACCUGGCCAUCGUCCUGCUGUCCAUCAUGGGUAUCGCGCUGGAGGAGAUUGAGAUGAACGCCGCCCUGCCCAUCAACCCCACCAUCAUUCGUAUCAUGCGUGUGCUGCGUAUCGCCCGCGUGCUGAAGCUGUUGAAGAUGGCCACGGGUAUGCGUGCCCUGCUCGACACUGUGGUUCAAGCUCUUCCCCAGGUAGGGAACCUUGGCCUUCUUUUCAUGCUCCUGUUUUUUAUCUAUGCUGCCCUGGGAGUGGAGCUGUUCGGGAGGCUAGAGUGCAGCGAGGACAACCCCUGUGAGGGCCUGAGCAGGCAUGCCACCUUCACCAAUUUCGGCAUGGCCUUCCUCACACUGUUCCGCGUGUCCACCGGGGACAACUGGAACGGGAUCAUGAAGGACACACUGCGUGAGUGCACGCGUGAAGACAAGCACUGCCUCAGCUACCUGCCGGCACUCUCGCCUGUCUACUUUGUGACCUUCGUGCUGGUGGCACAGUUCGUGCUGGUCAACGUGGUAGUGGCUGUGCUCAUGAAGCACCUGGAGGAGAACAACAAGGAGGCCCGUGAGGACGCAGAGAUGGACGCCGAGAUCGAGCUGGCUAUGGCGCAGGGGCCCCCAGCCCAGCCUCCGCCCGCUGUGCAGGAGAGCCCAGGUGCUGGGCCAGAUACCCCGAACCUCCUGGUUGUACGCAAAGUGUCUGUGUCCAGGAUGCUCUCACUGCCCAAUGACAGCUACAUGUUCCGGCCUGUGGCACCCGCCGCAGCCGCUCACCCUCACCCACUGCAGGAGGUGGAGAUGGAAAUUUACUCGGGCCAUGCCCCCUCAGGCCCGAUCACCUCUGCUCCCUCACCGCCCCUGGAGCCCCGUGCGUCCCUCCAAGUCCCAUCGGCAGCAUCCUCCCCAGCCAGGAGCAGCGGCCGUCUGCACACCCUGUGCCCCCAGGAUGCACCCCACUCCCCCAGCCUCAGUCGGCUGCUCUGCAGACAGGAGGCUAUGCAUACUGAGUCCCUGGAAGGGCAGGUUGAUGGCACUGGGGACAGUGCUCCAUAUCCUGUGGAGCCUGCUGAGAAGACUCCAACAAGGCAGGCGUCCCUGGGGGCCUCCCUGCGGUCCCCACCUCGCUCCCCACGGCCUGCCAGUGUCCGCACCCGCAAGCAUACUUUUGGACAGCGCUGUGUCUCCAGUCGGCCACCAACCCUUAGUGGAGAUGAGGCUGAAGCCUCAGACCCCACCGAUGAGGAGGUCAGCCACAUCACCAGCUCCGCCCAUCCCUGGCCUGCAGCUGGGUCCCACAGCCCAGGAGCCUCCCCUGUGGCCUCCCCUGCAGCCCGAGGGGCGACAGGCAGUGGGCGGGACCUGCACAGGUUCUGUAGCGUGGACUCCCAGGGCUUUCUGGACAAGUCAAGCCGGGCAGACACACAAAGGUGGCCCUCUGUGGAGCUGGGUGGCGGGGACAGCCACCAGGAGCCUGGGGAGGUGAGAGCCCGGGUCCUGGAGCUAGAACCAGCUCUGGGGGCACGCAGAAAGAAGAAGAUGAGCCCCCCUUGUAUCUCCGUGGACCCUCCCACAGAGGAUGAGGGCUCUGCCCGGCCCCCUGCAGCAGAGGGCGGAAGCACCACCUUGAGGCGCAGAACCCCAUCCUGUGAGACAGCCCCCCACAGGGACUGCCUGGACCCUGCAGAGGGCCCAGGCCCAGGAGGGGACCCUGCAGUCAAGGGGGAGCGGUGGGGACAGGCCUCCUGCAGGGCAGAGCACCUGACUGUGCCUAACUUUGCCUUUGAGCCACUGGACGUGGGGGGCCCUAGUGGAGACCCUUUCUUGGACGGUGGCCACAGUGUGACCCCAGAACCCAGAGCUUCCUCAGGGGCCACAGUGCUUCUGGAACCCCGUGAAACAGAGACUCCUGUGCCCUCUGGUGACCCCCCAGAGAAGGGGCGGGGACUGUUCCUCACAGUUCCCCAGGCCCCCCUGGAGAAACGGCCCCCCUCAGCCACCCCUGACCCGGAUGACAACACAGAGGAGCCCGUGUAACUAGGGCUCAGUGUGCACAGGGCUUUGGCACUGGGGUUGGUGGUGCCCUGCAGGAUGGUGGCCCUGGGUGGGGCCAUAAGUGGUUCUCGGCCCAGGCCCCAUGGAGAGCAAAAGGGCCCAGGGAGGAUACCAGCCCAGAAAGAUGUGGGCAGACGCUGUUCUCUGCACCACGACACAGGAACAGCUCUUCUGUCCCUUGAGCUUCCAUCGUGCUGAUUCAGGUUUGGGUUUUCCUGAAUU